CUCAUCAUCAACCUUGGAAUACAUCAAACCAACCUGUCGUCCUCGAUUGAAUCUUCCCUUAGAUGCGUACAACACAUCCAAACGCCCACUCGAUAACCUGAUCUACUAUAUACCAUGAAACAAAAAAUAUAUUCCCAAGUAACUCCAAUACCGCUACCAAAUUCCAACCGCUUUCCACCCCCCCCCCCCACAGCACCAUCUCACAACAACUGUGGAAGGCUGUACAAUUAUGCCUUAUGCCUCCUCUACUGCCGUGUAGUGACUGUGCAACAGGAACCAAUGGCGAUGCGAAACCAAUCCAUGGCCAAGCGCAGAUUGCUAUGCAUCUUGGGCUAAAAUAAGUAACACACCCGCCACCAAGCGGGGAGGGGUGCUUUGCACACGAGCCGCAUGUUGACAAGGCUCGGGAGAAAUCUGAUAGGUCAUUCUAUCCCUAGACUGUUUUCAAUGCACUUGUGCUGCAGGACACCAACAUCUUUGUUGAGACAGAGCCUGGGAAUUGGUCAAAUGGUGGUGUACCUGUCCGACUAGGUGCACUUCGGCGGGGCUCAAAUAUCGCCUUUAUAAAGCCACGCUGUCCCCCCGACAAACCUGUGUGGAAAAUGAAAGAUAUCAAAUUACAAGAGCACGCGAUGCUUGUCGCAUUCGACGAAGUCAGGUCUGUUGAUGAACUUCUGCCGUGAAGGUUGGAGAUAGCAGGAUUCCAAUCUGGCUUCCCCCGUAGUUUCUCAAACAUUUUUGCUUGUGGUUGCGAUUGCUUAGAAUUAUCCGCUGUGCGUGUACCACAUCAUGGAAGAUGGACGCGACAGUUUGGAUGAAGAAUGUCCCAAUCUGGGGGACGAUGAGUAAGUACUUGCUACGGCUUUUAUUUCAAUUCCGGGGCACUGAAUGAAAGGGACAGGCUCAAUCUCAAGUUUAUAUCAACCACAACCGUGUCUUCGCAUCACCUGAGGAAAUCAUCAGCACCGUCUUUCAAGCUGCUUCUUGGCUCCCCUUCCACGGAUGAUUUACCAUUUGGCUACAAGCUUCGGCGUUUCUGGCCUCGUGCGGUUAUUGGCGUCGUGGUUCCUCCUGUGGUUACGGCGUAUUAUACAUUUUUGGUCUUAUAUUACCUAAAGCCUCAAGAUGAAGACACGAAUCCUUUGAGGGUGGGUCCGGGAGGUGCGAAUUUUGCGUUUUGGAGUUGGUUCCUUAUCGGUGUUUUUGGGUUGAACCUGUCAAAAUAUGGCCUGAUUGGUACCGAAGCGGGAAUGCUGAUGUAUAAUCGAUCUCUGGGGCCUAGGAAUGCUCUUCAACUCAUGAUGCAUGCAGAUCGAACAUGGAGUGGCCCAAGCGGCUGGCUAAAGAUCCUUCGAAAGUCUCUGUUCCUUUGGAAGGCAGAUGGGCGGUCUAGCCAAAAUACUCGAGGCCAUGCUCCAUCUCGCCUCUGGUUUGUGCUUUUGUUUUUGAGUGCUCUACCACUUGUGGCGCUUCCAAUUUCCGGCCUGUGUAUGGAGUCAGGAGAUGGCUAUAUUUUUCGAAAGUCGGGUCCGUCAAAUCAGGUUGUUCUGGGUCGAAAUCAAGCCAAUUUUGACCUCCGGGAGCUCUUUUCCAUUUACGGGAAGGCCACGAACGAUUGGAAAACAGGAGCGCCCGUACGUUUACCUGGAAUCGGCGUGAUGUAUACGAGACCAGGCCUGAAACGCUCGGAAUAUGACUUUCUUCAAAGAUUUCCCAACACAUUCCCUCCUGAUUCAGGGGUUCCUGAAAUUUUCCUUGCUCCACAAGCACCUACUCCAGUCUUGGGGACAACGAGUGGUCUCCUAAUUCGAUACAAUUGCUCGUCCGCCUCUAAAAUUUCAGAUUUUACGAUUCUAAAUCGUUUUCACGAGCGUGGGAACUAUUCAAUGCCAAAGUACGAUUCCGAGACAAAUAUCGUUACUCCGAAUUUUCAUUACCGAAAAAUAGGCCAAGACCAGGUUACCCUUGCGAAUUAUCGAACGCCCAAUAUUGAAAACUAUGAAGCUGUUAUGGAAUUCGGUUUUCCUAGUUAUCCAGCUAUACGAUAUCAAUCUACAAAUACAUCCGAACGCCGCUGGGGAAUCGAAAAGGAUUUUCUCUCAGAAUAUAUUCUCUAUCAAUAUCUAGACCUUCCAGGCCCCAAGUCAGCCAAUAAAAGUUCUGUCAAUAAGUUUGAUGAAAGUCUCCAUGGUCAAGUGAGCAUGGAGGUCGACGAACCUAUUCCUGAUGUUGCAGAGAAGUACCAUCUUGAACACCACUCGACCGGUGGGAGUAAUUCCACCAACACUAUGAAAGUUGCCAUUGGCAUACGGUGUACUUCCGCGUCUGAUUUCGGGAUCGCUGAUGUUGACGGCAUGUCCAACACGUUCACCAACUUCAAACCUCAUGAUGUUAUACCCGCUGUGGGUACAAUACUUGGGGCUCCACCCUUUGGCCCUGGCGCAGUCAGAGCUCUGAUAUUUAAAUUGGCCGAAUAUGACCGAGCUCUUGGUUCUAUAGGGCCACAAAAUGUACUUUCAUCCGUGGAGGGUCCAGGGUACAUUGAUCCUGGCAACAGACGUAAAGUGAUAGCUCCCAGCUACAUCCAGUCCACGCAACUCAGGAACUCUGUUCUCCAAGCCCAUGCUGCUUUCGCCUUGGAAUUGGCGUACGAUGGAGUUGCCAAGUACGACAACCUGUCACAGUAUCUCCGUUAUUCCAAUGGCUCUUCUGAGGCUCCAAGUUCCGAAUAUCAUUCUCGCAGUUUUUUCACGCACGAAAACUUCACCACCACAACGCCGGGAAAAGUCCUUACCCGUGGCCCGUUGAAAAAUAUAUGGAUUCCUUUGUAUCUACUGGUUCCCUGGACAAUAGGGUCUGUGUUUCUUGCUCUCAUCUACUCUCACAAACCGAGAUGGUCCGAAACGUUUGAUGGGUACAGUCUCUUCCGUUUUGGGGCUGAUUUUGCGGACCAGGUGAAGGGGCGGCGCGAGUUUGUAAGCACAGAGGACUACGAAAUGUGUGGUGCUUUACGAGAUCUACCAGGAUUUAUUGGUGACUCAAGGCCAUUGUUCACACCUGGUCAUAUAUCGCUGGUCAAGAAUAGUAUGGCAGCGCCAGACAAAUUAUACAUGUGAAUGAUGGUUCAGCGACCAUUAUGACUACUGUCGGGACGAAAGGUAUUUCAUGGAUUGGGAAAGCUCCAAAACUCCAAUAUUUCUGAACUUGAGGGUUUAUCCAACAUUUCACUCCUCAUAUUCUGGCGCAUCCGAUGCACGACAGUGGAAUGAUAUUCUAACAUAAUCAUUUGGUGUAGUUUGUUUUAGACUUGCCCUCUCGUGUUCAGUCAGCAGGGUACUCUUCAAUUGAAGAGCUGCAUGACUUCAUCAAAUUUUUAUUUCUAUCAGCACAGCACUGUCAAGGAUGUGUCCCUUUUUCUUGGAGUCUUUCUAUUGAUGAUGGCUAUCUGGUGAAUGAACCUUUGUACGAGGUUUCCACUUGUUUUUCUGUUCCACCGAUAUCAGAAUAUUAAUUUGAAAUUUCCCAAACUCAUCACCGUUCUUCACUCAAGCCUUCCCUCCAUCUAUCUGGUCAUGGAAAGUGGAAUAUGCCAAUAUUUUUCGGAAUUCUAGCUCAACCACCUUGCCAAAAAUUUGGUGCUGCUAGGCAAACUGAAUAAGUUGACACAACCACUUCGAUAAGCCAAUAGCAAGGGAUGCAACUAUUUUACAUAAACGAGGCUUGUACAACAUAUAUCCUCUUAUCCUCAGACAUUGGCAUCAUUCAUAUGUCAACAACCAAUAAUGUAUGCCCACUACUCUCACAGAUCUGAGACUGCGGUCACGAGAUACUCCCUGGGCACCAAUGCAUCCAUGAACAGCAACGAAGAUAAACGACGUAUCAACACGAGGCAGAGAGGAUUCUCACCGCUCCAUUGCAUAUUUUCGAAAUUGCACCCGCAACUCCAUGAUUCAUACUAAAACAACCACCCUGGGUACUCACCCACACCGCAGUAUGUAAAGGAGAAAACAGCAACAUGCCAGCCCUCUUUUCUUGGCCGCGCAAUGGCACCAAGAACAUCGUCAUCAGGCAAAUGCCUCAGCAAGGCCAUUAUUAUCCUAAAGAUAGAAAUCAAUGGGGGAGAAAAUACUGAGUUUCCACGCCUUAUGUCAAAGAAAUGACUGCAUGCGGAGAGAUCCCGAAGCCACCACCUCAAGUUCCCUGCCCAUAGAAAAUCUUUACAUCCAUUCCCGCCGCCCACUUUCCCUUGCACACAACCUUGGCAAACUUUACUCGUGUGACGCGCAUAAAGAGAGAGGACAGCUUCAAACACUAAAAGAGAACAAACGCCAGGGGGUGUCUUUUCUGUCGCCACAUACGGGAGCGGUGAAUUUAUGAUUUAUGCUGCGAUUCCAAAGUGGGAAAUUGAGACACUAUGUACAUGUACAUUUCUAAGGUUGGCUUGAUGUGAAUCUUCACAUGACAUGAGCAUGAGCCGAGCGAAUUGAAAAAAAAAAAAAAAAAAAUUCCCCAGAGACGGAUACAUUUUAUUGUAUCUCGGAUAUAUAUUAUAUUAAUUUUUGUAUCUCCUUUUUAUUCUAUAUUUCACGAGAUUUUCCCCGCAGAUAUUCCUAAUCCGACUCCUUCCAAAGCUAACAAUUUACAUAAACUCCGCCUUUGGCGGUACUGAUAAUCGGAGACAUGAAUUUGCCUUGGGGGAAAGUUUGGAUACAGUGGAGGAUGGAGUUGGGGAACGAUGGGCAAAAUGUCUAGGGCGGAAGGCUGAAUUGGACUCCACGGGCUGUAUGAAAUCAUGCGCCUGUAAUAAUAUAUUAGGGACACCCUCCAUCAUGUCAUACCAGACAGGAGGAUGUUUCCGCAUGUCAGAGAAGGGAUGAGGGGGAAGUUGGAAUAUUCUGAUGAAUAGAUGCGCUUUUUGCCCUCUACGCCUGGAUUCUUUAUCCCUGGGGAUCCGCCAGGGAAAGAUACAGUGUUUCUUCCCGUUCCCAGCAAUAGAGUCUCUGGUCAGUUCACAUUCGGUAUAUGGAGCGUAGCAAGGGCUUCUGCUUGAUUGACAGAUACCGGGGGACCGACCCAUUAUUAUUUCCUUCACGAGCGCAUCCGCGUCUCAAGGAUGGUAUCAUUAUUCAAAAUGUGCCAUUCAAACUGGGCUGAUGCAGUGGGAAAGGCUUUAGUCUCUAGCAUACCAAUCUUCAUGACCCCUUUGUUGAAUGGAGAACGAAAGAAAUCCGAGUAUUUGGGCGUGUGAUCCAGUUUCCACCUGUAUGGAGGGUUUCCGGAGAGUUUCUCGGGACUGAAGCGGACCCUAUAGCCAUAUCAUGCAGGGGUCGUUCUUGAGGAUGAUAGAAGGAAGGAAAUUAAACGGGGUGGAAAUAGUGACAUGACAGCUGGAUGAAGGAGGAGAUGAACGAAAUUGCAAGCAGCAGGCCGGAAUUAGAGACAAAAUCCAAUAUCAAAAAAUUCAAGCAGCAAUAUCCCAACCAUACUAAAACACACAAAGAGAUAGGUGAAUUAUGGUGCUUCUUUGGGUUGACCAUACACUCAAGACAACGAGGCGGCACUAAUCCAUCAGGUCUGAUACACUUAAUACCUCCCCCUGCCCUGCUCAUCCUUGUAUUGAAACCCUGGAGAGGAGCCUAUUCCUCUGGCAGCGCAAAAAGGAAGAAAUUGCGUACAGCGUAGAGGGUCAUCUUCAUCCACAUCCUGCUAACCUAGCGAGCACGUCUCCAGCGGGUUAGUUACCCUCUACUAGGCUUCCGAAAGACUGCGACUUGUGGGAGGUUGGAAGCGGUUUAAAAACAAAAAAAAAAAUUGGUCGUAGGGAACUUCUAGCUUCAAGUAUCCUUUUGAGUUGAAACCAGGCAGGCUGCUUGAAGAAAAAAAGGCUGAAAACGGAGUUUCGAGCCAACUCGUUCUUCGUUGACAAGAAUUUAUGGCUUGUGGCGUUUCCUGUCAACCAACGCUUUUUCCCAAUUACAUACAGACCUUCAAUGGUUCAUCGAAUGAUGUACGUACGGGUUGUGUUGACCUGACUAUCUGCGACAUGAUAAAAAAGAGCUCCUCAAAAACUGUUUUCGAUCUCGGCACAGCCAAGUUCUAUGAAUAGUACAUACCAUGCCAUUGCCAUUAAUUCAUUAUUGCCUGCCUCAUGAUUGACCUCCAAUACCAAAAAUAAGAACACUAGUUUGACAAACCCCGCCCUAUAUUGACACCUGUCCAGCCAGAGCCGAAGUUGCGAAGUCUUUAGUCCAACGCAAGUUCUGUGACAGAAUUCCUGUUAAAUGUCGUCUUUGAAACCCGACAAGCGAGAAUAUCUUUCAAACGCCGCAAUGAUUGGCUGCAUCGCCACGGCCAGCACAUACUGUGGCGAGGCCCCAACCCGGCUACAUCGAGAUUCCUGACUGUCCCAGACAAAGGGCAGCUGAUUCUGGGCUGGUGGAGAUGGUCUAGAUUCUUCAGUCGCCAGAGUGAGUCAAGUGAGGUCAUCGAAUUGCCUGAAUGCUUGUUCCACUGAUUGACUGGGCUGAGUUGUAGGGGUCAUUGACGAGGAUGAGGAGAAGAGGAGGAAGAGGAGAAAGGGAGGAAGAGGAGGAAGAGGAAGAGGAGGAGGAAAAAGAAGAAGGGUGUGUGGGAUGAAGAUGUGGAAUUAAAGUCCUCUAGGCUCGAUGCAGGGAGGUUGCUAGCUAAAUACGAGUCACUGACUCUUCGGCCUGAAAUCUGCUAAACAACUUUCUUUACCUUCCAUUUUUACGGAGGUUAUGAGGAAUUGAAACCGAAUAAUGGUGGUCCCUUAUAAUUGUAUAGUUUUGCAAGCGACCUCCGUCAGGCUCCCCCCGCCUGCAUUCUGAAUGGAUAACUAGUGCCACCAAAACACAGAGAAACACAGACGCCCAAGAACAGUCCGGUUAAAAGGUUGAUGAUAAUGGAGCAGCGUGUUAAUCUAAUUCCCAUGACAAAGCUAACCUCACUCGCUGCCUUGUUGCGGAGAACUAUAUAUACCUAUUUAAGUAAUUUCGAAUAUUGCGAGGAAGCAGACGGAGUAGGGUAAGGUAAGAGCAAGAAAAGAAAAGAAAAGAAAAAAGAAAAGAAAAAAAAAACAUGAGCCGGGGCUCCAUUCCACGGCCUUCUUUAGAAAAAAAUAUAAAAAAAAUAUGACGGCUACUUGGUACUUGAGCUGGGCUAUUAUUAUCCAAAGACGGAAGUUCGUUCAACACUGGUUUUACAUUGCUAUUCUGUACCACUGCACGGCGGGCAUGGCACAACCGAGAAUGGUGCCUGUUUGGUUUGCUUGCCUUGCCGUCAAUGGCAUUGUUAUAACCAUGAAAGGUCAAAAGCCAUGAAUACCCUUCGUAGGCACCAGCAGGUUCCAUGUAUGUAUGUAUGUACAUGUACAUACAUACAUUGUCUUCUCUGCGGGGCGGAAUAGAUCUUUUCAACGGUAGACUUAUGAGGAACGAGUAUCAUCAUACCGACGGCAGAUGUAUAGACAGAACAAGUCAUGCAUGUGCGAAUAAGUAUGCAUAAAUCCAGAGAGAGAGAGAGAGUCGGGCGGGCUGAUCAAGCUGUAGAAUAAACCGGCCGGCUUCGAAAAAUGAGAACAUGGGGCUUGCGUUAUUAACUACAUUUGCAAACCACCCCGCC